AUGGGCAGAGAAAACAUUCUUCACUAUCAGUUAGAACACGACCACGAAACUGACCUCGAGCCACCUUCUCCUGAAGAAACACCUUCAUCUCCAAGUAUGACUUCUUCUUCAAGAUUGAAGAAAGUAUCAAAUUAUCCAUUUCUGUUACUGAAAAUGUCAACCAAACAAGAUUAUUUGAACAACAAUAAAUUCUUUGUUGAUUCAAUAAAUCAUAAUCAUACUCAAGAAAUUUUUGAACUGAAUGGAAAGGGUCAAUCUCCCCAUACUCUUUGGAUUGGUUGUAGUGAUUCAAGAGCUGGUGAAUCUUGUCUUUCUGCCCUUCCUGGUGAAAUCUUUACCCAUAGAAACAUUGCAAAUAUAAUUAAUUCAAAUGAUAUCUCUUCUCAAGGUGUCAUUCAAUUUGCAGUGGAUGUAUUAAAAGUAUCAAAAAUUAUUGUUUGUGGUCAUACUGAUUGUGGAGGAGUUUGGGCUUCUUUAUCUUCCAAGAAGAUUGGAGGUGUUUUGGACUUGUGGCUCAACCCAAUUAGGCACAUUAGGGCUGCUAAUUUGAAACUUUUAAGUGAAUAUAAUGAUAAUCCAAAGGAAAAGGCCAAGAAAUUGGCCGAAUUGAAUGUGGUUGCCUCUGUAUUGGCAUUGAAGAGACAUCCUUCUGCAUCGAUGGCAUUGAAGAAUGGUUCUAUUGAAGUGUGGGGUAUGAUGUAUGAUGUUGCAACCGGAUUGUUAGAAGAAGUUGAAAUUCCAAACGAUGAGUUUGAAGAUUUAUUCCAUGUUCAUGAUGAACAUAGUGAAGAUGAAUAUAAUCCUCAUUAA